UUCAUGUUUUUUCAUAACAAAACAUUUUCUCUUUUCCUUACAGUUUCAGUUUUUUUUUUUACGAGAUGUACAAUAUUGAAUGCAGUUCUCCGUCUUCCGCUAGAUCAACGAGAGGAACCACCCACAGAAUGAGAUCUCCGAUCUGCUGCCUAGGAGCCAACGCGGUUGUCGAGCCUGAAGCGAUGAUCGGACCGAGAACACCUCGAUCUCCUUACGAGUGGCUCAAAUCCACGGCGCAGGAGCUCGAGCUCAGAGAACGUUGCCGCCGAGUCAAGACUCGCGUCAAGGUUACGUGCCGCAACAACAAUUGCGCUUAUCACCACCACCACCACCACCAGAGCUAUCCUGUGGAUUUCAGCUACGAUGCGUUGAGCUACGCGCUCAAUUUCGAGGACGAUGUACGAGCGGACGAGGACGGCUCAGUACCUAAUUUCACGGCGAGGUUGCCUGCGUCACCGGUGACGAAGCCUAGAUCGGCGAGGGUUGAUCUGAUCUCGUUCUGACCGUUAAGUAGUCCCUUUGUUCGUGUGACGGAGGAAUGAAAAUGUUCUCGGUUGUGCUUAUUAGAGAAUUGAGAAAUUACGUACGAAUGACGUCAUUGUUGUCUAUGUAAAUGCUCUUUUCGCGUAUUGAUAAUGUGUUAAAAAAAAACAUUUUUCCAUAUAAAUAUAGCUCUCUCAUCUUUCUUUGUAAAUAAGCAUUUACUAUUACAUUAUACAAGUCUAAUCGGUUUCAUUUCUGA